AUGAGCAAUGAAGAUGAUGAUGACGAUGAAGAUGACGAUGAAGAUGAUUAUGACAAUGACGAUUAUGAUGACAAUGAUCAUGACGAUGAUGAUGACGAUGAUUAUGACGAUGAUGAUGACGAUGACGAUGACGAUGAUCAUGACAAUGACGAUGACGAUAAUGAUGAUGAUGACGAUGAUGAUGACAAUGAAGAUGAUGAUGAUGAUGACAAUGACGAUGACGAUGAUCACGAUCAUGACAAUCAAGACGACGAUGACGAUGACGAUGACGAUAACGAUGACGAUGAUUAUGACAAUGACGAUGAUGAUGACAAAGACGAUGACGAUGAUGAUGACGAUCAUGAUGACAAUGAUCUUGAAAAUGACAAUGACGAUGAUGAUGAUGAUGAUGAUGAUUACGAUGACAAUAAUGAUGACCAUUACUGUGGCAAUGACGAUGAUGAUGACUUUGACGAUGACGACGAUGACUUUUAUGAUGACGGUGACUAUGGCAGUAACGAUGAUGGUGAUGAUGAUGAUGACGAUGGCGAUGAUGGUGACGAUGGUGAUGAUGAUGACGAUGAUGAUGACGAUGACGCUGACGAUGAUGAUGAUCAUGACAAUCAAGACGACGAUGACGAUGACGAUGAUUAUGACAAUGACGAUGAUGGUGACAAUGACGAUGACGAUGAUGAUAACGAUGAUGAUGACAAUGAUCAUGACAAUGACAAUGACGAUGAUGAUGACGAUGAUGAUUACGAUGACGAUAAUGAUGACGAUUACUGUGGCAAUGACGAUGAUGAUGACUUUGACGACGACGAUGAUGAUGACUUUUAUGAUGACGGUGACUAUGGCAAUAACGAUGAUGGUGAUAAUGAUGAUGACUAUGAGUUCAAUAAUAGUUUUAUAAUAUUAUCCUACGUGUGUUAUCAGUUUUAUCUUGGGAUAGAGAGAUCUUAUAAGAUAAAGUGGAGCUUUGUCUAUUAA